GCAUUAUAAACAGUGUUUUGACCGCUGUUGCAACCAACGUAGAGACGUCUUCUGCAAACAUAAUGGAACAAAAGAAACCAGUUUGUGCCCAGAAACCAAGCAAAUUGAAAAGAUCAAAACCAGUGCCCAGAAUAAGAUAUUCAAAAGUGAAGACUCAUUAAAUUCUUCAAAAAAGUCCGGUAUUGAAAAUUCAGUAAGAAUGACAGCGUGGCAAAGUUCAGAGAGACUGAAGCCAGAACUGGAAAAUAGUCCCUUUUCCAAGCCCGACAGUAAUGAAUCACAGAGUACACGUGGCAUAUCGCCCAAGGAAAUGGAGCCAACAAAUGGUGAUGGUCACGAACGUACGUUGUUAGAAAGAACAAAUACGAGAGAUUCAUCUGAGAGUCGAAUUCGUGUAUGCCAACCAGUUCCCAGAAGAAGAAAUGUGUGUGCCAGCAAUAUGCAAACAGCCGGUACACUAUUUGACGGGUUUCGCUCAGUAUCAUUUUCAAGUCAAUCAAGCUCCGAUUUAUCUGGAACAGAAAGUGAAAAUUUGUCAAGCUCCUUGUCGGGACGAAAUAGGUCUGUCAACUUCAGCCCGAAGGUCGAAAUAGUGAACUCGGACCCUUCGGCACGAACAGAAAUUCCAGAGCUGACUUUACGCGCCUCAUUUUCGAGUAGGUCUCUAGACCACUUGUUGGAAGGGGACCAUGUGUUCGGCCACUACCGGGCAAUACUAGCAGGCUACCCUGGGUGGUGUCCUAUGGAAACAGACUACACUGUUCCAAGAACAAUGACCACGGCACUACCACGCCUUGGAACUUACGUCAUCUGGUAUAGCAGAAAGAAACACUGCCUUGUGAUCACUAUCAGUUUUUCUGGACGGCUUAUUCACUAUAGAAUUCGCAUGAAAGUGAACAACAUUGGACACGGGCAGGAUUUCUCCUUUUUCAUCACUAAGGACCUCCAUUUCACCAACAUUAUUGCGCUUCUGGACUACUACCAAACCCAGGGACUGGCCGUUGUUGAUAACGAGAACAGAACGCCUGGUCACCAGAAAUUGGUGCCAAUGGCAACUGCUGUGCGCGUGAAAUAUACCACUAGUGUUUGACGAUGGCAGUUUCGUGAAUGUAUGUGUUCAAGUGGUUUGAAGUAAUAAUUCACAAACAACUUUUGUAUAUCUAAGUGCAUUUUGUUUUACAUACUACAAAAAUUGUUUACUCAAAACAAGUUUUGAGCUUCAAAUGAUUGUAUAUAGAGUGAUUGCUUUGAUAUUAAUGCAUUAUACUGCCCCUGUAUGUUCAACUUUUUGAUUUGAUGUGUGUUAUAUAUUUAAUAUUUUGCAUAUGUAUAUUUCUAUGGGCAAAUAUAGUGUUAA